GGCGGCGGAUGUUGACAGCGACACCGCUUAGCUGUAAACGUUGGUGUUUGGGUUUCGUUUCUUGUUGUUGUGCUUAAAAGAAUAUGGCAUCAUCGAACUCCUUUAAACUCAGAUGCUCCAUCCCGGGCCAUGAAAUGGACGUAAGAGGACUGGCAGCCGCGGUUUUCCCAGAGGGAGCUUUCGUGUCCGUGUCCAGAGACCGAACCGGAAGGGUUUGGGUACCGAACUCCAGCCCAGAUAACGGAUUCACUGAGAUGCAUUGUAUGACUGGACACUCAAAUUUUGUAUCCUGCGUAUGCGUCAUUGCGCCCAAUGAUACAUAUCCCAGGGGCCUGAUUGCCACUGGUGGGAAUGAUAACAACAUUUGUGUUUUUACUCUGGACAAGCCACAGCCCCUCUACACCCUGCAGGGUCACAAAAAUACAGUAUGCACUUUGUCCUCUGGGAAAUUUGGAACCCUUUUAAGUGGCUCCUGGGACACAACAGCCAAAGUCUGGCUCAAUGAGAAGUGCAUGAUGACUUUGCAGGGACACACUGCAGCUGUGUGGGCAGUCAUCAUCCUACCUGAACAAGGCCUCAUGCUUUCUGGAUCAGCAGAUAAGACCAUAAAGCUUUGGAAGGCUGGCCGAUGUGAGAAGACGUUUACAGGUCAUGAGGAUUGCGUGCGAGGACUGGCUGUGAUUAGCAACACAGAGUUCUUCUCCUGCAGCAACGACACAAGCAUCAGAAGGUGGCUGGUGACAGGCGAAUGUGUGCAGGUCUACUACAGUCAUACCAACUACAUCUACAGCCUAGCUGUCUUCCCUAAUGGCCAAGACUUUAUAAGUACGGGAGAGGACAGGACUUUGAGGAUAUGGAGGAAAGGGGAAUGUUGUCAGACCAUCCGCCUCCCUGCCCAGUCAGUCUGGUGCUGCUGUAUUCUACCCAACGGGGAUAUAGCUGUAGGAGCCAGCGAUGGCAUCAUUCGCAUCUUUACGGAAGCCGAGGAUCGUAUGGCCAGCGCCCAAGAUCUACAGGCCUUUGAGGACGAGCUCUCCAAAGCUACCAUAGACCCUAAGACAGGAGACCUUGGGGACAUCAAACUGGAGGACCUGCCUGGGAGAGAACAUCUCGACGAACCUGGGAAUCGGGACGGGCAGACCCGUUUGAUCAAAGAUGGAGAGAAGGUGGAGGCUUAUCAGUGGAGCGUCGGCGACGGCCGCUGGAUGAAAAUCGGGGACGUGGUUGGAGGCUCGAACCAACAGACCUCUAAGAGUGUGGUGUAUGAAGGAAAGGAGUACGAUUACGUCUUCACCAUCGACGUGAACGAGGGAGGUCCAUCCAUGAAGCUGCCUUACAACGUGACAGACGACCCCUGGCUGACCGCCCACAACUUCCUCCAGAAAAAUGACCUCAGCCCCAUGUUCCUCGAUCAAGUUGCUAAUUUUAUAAUUGAGAACACUAAAGGACAUGUCGUCGGUCCUGCUCAGCCCAGUGGUGGUGAUCCGUUUACAGGAGGAUCUCGAUAUGUUCCCGGUUCGUCUAACGACAGCUCUGACUCUGCAGCAGAUCCUUUCACAGGCGCUGGUCGCUACAUCCCAGGAUCCAGUUCCAACGUAGGCACUCCUUCAGGUGUGGCUGAUCCGUUUACCGGAAAAGGUGCCUACUCUUCUGCAGCCCAGAGACAGACCUCCACUAACAUCUACUUCCCUAAAACUGACGGUGUGACCUUUGAACAAGCCAACGCCCCUCAGAUCAUAGCAAAGUUAAAGGAGCUGAAUGAAGGUGCCCCUCAGGGACAAAGGCUUUCUGAGGAAACCAUGGAAAGCCUGGAGAGCUUGUUGCUGGUGGUUUAUGGGGCAAACUCACCUGAGCCUCCUCCAUCCCUUCAGCAGAUAAACCUCCUCUGGAAGGUCUGCCAUUGGCCUGAAGAUAUUGUUUUUCCUGUCCUGGACAUCCUAAGGCUGGCAGUGCGCCACCCACAGGUUAACGAGAGCCUUUGCGGUGAGGCAGAAGGAGUCCAGCUGUGCAACCACCUGCUGAGCCUGAUGAGGCCCGAGGGCCGCCCAGCCAACCAGCUGCUGGCGCUGCGCACUCUGUGCAACUGCUUCAGCGGCAGACACGGCCGGGCUCUCCUGAUGUCGCAGCGUGAAACGGUGCUGUCUCGCGCUGCAGACCUGGCCGCUGUCUGCAAUAAGAACAUCCACAUCGCCCUGGCCACUUUGUUGCUAAACUACGCGGGCUGCCUUCAUAGCCAGCCUGACCUUGAGGCCAAGGCUCAGUGUCUGUCUGUGGCCAGCAGGGCUUUAGAGACGGUGCAGGACAAAGAGGCUAUAUUUAGGCUCCUGGUGGCCUUAGGAACCACUGUGGCUUCGGACCAGACGGCCCAGGACUUGGCACGCUCCCUGGGUGUCAGCUCUCAGAUUUCCAAAUAUUCCACUGUGUCUGAGCCGUUGAAGGUGGGGGAGUGCUGCCGGCUGGUUUUAAAAGAACUACACUGAUGUUAAUAAUUAGAGAUAAUAAGACGAGCACUUCUUUCUAAUUCUCCGUUCUCCUUCUACAGUCUGAUUAAGACAGAAAUAUUACACUUGUAUUGUCUGCAAUAAAAAAACAUCUUUCUCU